CCCAAAUAGAAACAAACAAACACUACCCAAACCCAAUCCAGCUCUUCCUGCUUCAAUGGCAACUGCUGUUUCCAAGCCUUCAUUAGGUAAAUGGUUCUCCAACAACAACAAGAGCUUCCGAAUUAGCUUCCAACGCCUUCUUCCUUCCAAAUCCGACCUUUCAAGUCGUAAUUUCUCUGUACCUCAAACUGAAAAGGACGAGCUUCGAGAAGUAUUCGGUUAUUUCGACACGGACGGCGACGGAAAAAUCUCAGCUCACGAACUCAGAUCUUACUUUGCGUCUGUAGGGGAGUAUAUAUCGCAUAUGGAGGCUCAAGGUGUGAUCAAUGAUCUUGAUGCAGAUGGCGACAAUUUGAUUGAUUUUGAGGAUUUUAUGAAGUUGAUGGAACUUGAAGGUGGACAUGAUGAGGAUCUUAGAAGAGCUUUUGAGAUGUUUGAAGUGGAGAAGGGAUCUGGAUGCAUUACUCCUAAGGGAUUGCAGAGGAUGUUCAGACGCCUUGGAGAUGAAAUAUCGAAUGAAGAGUGCAAAGCUAUGAUACAGAUAUUUGACCUUGAUGGUGAUGGUGUUCUUGGUUUCCAUGAAUUCCAGCAGAUGAUGGCUUAAUCCUAUCAAAUGUUUGUAUUUGUUAUAUGU